UAAACCCCCUGUCGAAUCCCCUCCCUCCCCUCCCGCCCCGGCGCUCUCCCGUUCGCCUCAAUCCGCCGCCAAUCCGGCGCAGAUCUCGCGGGGGCUUCGCCGCACCCAGCACCACGCCCUCCACUACGGCCGGCGUCGGCACCACCGCGCCCUCGCUGCCGCUGCAUCGCCGCAUUCGCCACGGCCAGGUGGCCUCCACCAUGGAAUCUGCAGAUUGGUCCUCGCUCCCGGCGGACCUCGUCCGCCGCAUCGCCGACGGCUUCCUGGCCACCAGCGACCUCGACUACUACAUGGACCUCCGCGCCGUCUGCCAUAGCUGGCGCGCCGCCACCGACGACCCAAAGGGCACCCCGGACCCUCGCUUCCGCCCCCGCCACUGGGUCAGCAUCGACAGCUCCCGCAGCAACACACACCUCCUGGUGAACACUGCAACCGGCCGGUUCCUGCGCAAGGAGCUCCCGGUUCUCCGUGACUACUUUAUUGACAGCACCACCCCGGACGGUCUCCUCGUCUUGAUGGACGAUAAAUCCCCUCACAGCUUCAGUGUCCUCAAUUCUUUCACAGGCUACUCGCUCCGUUUCGCGGCGCCGCAACCCGACGAGUUCGUGGACUCUGCUGCUCUCGUCGCCGGUUCUUCGCCCGCAAUCAUCUUGUUAUUCAGGAAGUACAUUGAUGAUGAUGAUGUCCGGUUACGCGAAUCGCCUCGCAGGGUGUACAUGGUUGAACCUGAUAGUGAAUCUUACGCCGUGUCCGAGGACAGGUAUGCUUGCCCUUUGAUCAGGCUGGCUGUCAGAGGUAUCCACACUAUCGGCGAGUUGGGAUCGGUGGCGCCAUUUCCGCUUGCCGUGGCCAGGAGGAUCUUUAAUCUGAUGAGGUUUUUCAAUGCUGAGCCUGUUGAGUCGGAUGAUGAAGAUACCAUGAUGUCUGAAGAAGAAUCCAUAUCGAAGUUUUGGAUAGGAUAUGACAACCGCUGCUACCUAAUGGAGUCUGCCGGAGAAAUUCUGAUCAUCAUGAAGCUAAAAGAUGGCAUGGAGGUUUACAAGAUGGACACUGAGAGCUAUGUACUCGAGCAUGUGCACAACAUUGGUAACCGUGCCAUCUUCCUCCGUGGUUAUUGCAGGUGCAUGUCUGUUAAUGCUGAUAAAUUCCCAUCCAUUGACGCCAACUGCAUCUAUUACAUAAAGAGCGAUGAUUUUUCUCGUGAUUACAUCUACAUGUACAACCUCAAGUGCCGCAGAGAAGAACGAGUCUCUAAAGACAUAUCUCUUGUUUCUCGCCCUUACACAAUUAUUCAACUCCUCUCCAGCCUUGACCUCUGGUAACUUAAAGGGAGUGUAGGCUUCCAUCGCUGUUCAUGGUUGUGUUCUUAUGGUUUUAUGUUACCUUUGUAAUGACAUUGUGUUGGCUUCAGACUUUCAGUAUAUUUAAGCUGAGGCUUCCCCUUUGCUC